UUUAUUACUUAUGCUCACAAUUCGUUCAUUCGACGUCGCGGCGCCUGUCUCCACGCGCCUGACCCGACGACGCUCUCUCCCUUCAGUCUGCCCCCCCUCUCACCGUCUCUCAUCUGUCCACUUGAUUGCUUGUUCAAGCUCACCCUUUCGUCGGCUGAGGCGCUCUCGCCUUUCCGGCGCAGGCCCACCAAUGUCUCUGUCCGCCCGGCACAAGCCGAAGCAAAACACGCUCUCUUCAGCAGCCACGGUCUCUACGUGUCGAGCCGACGCCAUGGGGACAGCGGACGGACGCUUGAGUCUAGGCCAGACGUGACAGACAAGCGACAGGCACCGCAGCCUCUUGUCCCUUCCCCCGUCGGCCAGAGGCAAUGCAGCCUUAAGCCAACCAAUCAGGACUGGCCGCCUCGUCCGGGCCCAGACACCGGGACCGUGGCCCGACCCCCCUCCCGCCUGACGGCCGUCUGCGCGCAGCCGUUCCAGCCUGCCCCAGUUUCGCCAGCCUCCCACUUGCUCCGAUUGUCCCAAUCCUCCCGCAAUGCGUCUCCUCCCCUCGUCACGACCAGACACGCAGACACACUCGGCAAUACACGCACACAGGCGCACACAAACACCCAACAGCAACACACCAACGCGUGUGUACAGAUGCACACAGUGACACGCUGCACGCAGAAGAAUCGAUCUCGUGUCUCCUCCGUUGGCUUGGACGACUCAGCCUAUCCGUCUCGGGUGCCAGACAGAUGCACACGUCGCCGAGGCAGUUCAGUGUGCAAUCAUACCGGCGUCAUCAGUUCGUGGGCCACAAUGUGCAUGCAUGCCUACGGGUUCGCGGCAGCCUGA